CGGGGCGCAGGCGCAGAGGAGGGCGGCGUUGAGGCCGGCGGAGCGGCGGAACCCCUAGGUGGCAGAGGGACGCUCCGGGGAAGCGAGGGGCGCUAAGAGCUCUGGCCCACGUGACCUGCCGGGGGCGGGAGCAGGGGGCGCGCCGGCCUCCUGCGGUGCCCCUGCCUUGGGGAGGGGCCGUGACCACCCGCCUGUCGCCCGAGGCGGCCGCCGCUGCACCUUCACCACGUACCCGGGACCCGCCCGCCCGCGGGAGAAAUGUUGCUGAAGUGCUGCUGAAAGGGCCAGAGAUGCAAGGAUUUGGGACACAUUUUGAACCUUUAAGCUGUCUGACAUUGACCUCCUUUCAUUAUUAAUAAAGAAGAAGCAGGAGCUUAGGAUGUAUUAACACCAACUCAUUAAUAUACUAACCGGACAAUGUUCUACAAACAAUUCUACAUUGUAAAGGACUGGAUUGGCACAAAAUAAAAUAAUUUUAUUUUAUUCAGCUUAUAAUAUGACUCGAUGGAGGAAAAUUUGAUAAGCAUGAGGGAAGACCAUUCUUUUCAUGUUCGUUACAGAAUGGAAGCUUCUUGCCUAGAGCUGGCCUUGGAAGGGGAACGUCUAUGUAAAUCAGGAGACUGCCGCGCUGGCGUGUCAUUCUUUGAAGCUGCAGUUCAAGUUGGAACUGAAGACCUAAAAACACUUAGUGCUAUUUACAGCCAGUUGGGCAAUGCUUAUUUCUAUUUGCAUGAUUAUGCCAAAGCAUUAGAAUAUCACCAUCAUGAUUUAACUCUUGCAAGGACUAUUGGAGACCAGCUGGGGGAAGCGAAAGCUAGUGGUAAUCUGGGAAACACCUUAAAAGUUCUUGGGAAUUUUGAUGAAGCCAUAGUUUGUUGUCAGCGACACCUAGAUAUUUCCAGAGAGCUUAAUGACAAGGUGGGAGAAGCAAGAGCACUUUACAAUCUUGGGAAUGUGUAUCAUGCCAAAGGGAAAAGUUUUGGUUGCCCUGGUCCCCAGGAUGUAGGAGAAUUUCCAGAAGAAGUGAGAGAUGCUCUGCAGGCAGCCGUGGAUUUUUAUGAGGAAAAUCUAUCAUUAGUGACUGCUUUGGGUGACCGAGCGGCACAAGGACGUGCCUUUGGAAAUCUUGGAAACACACAUUACCUCCUUGGCAACUUCAGGGAUGCAGUUAUAGCUCAUGAGCAGCGUCUCCUUAUUGCAAAAGAAUUUGGAGAUAAAGCAGCUGAAAGAAGAGCAUAUAGCAACCUUGGAAAUGCAUAUAUAUUUCUUGGUGAAUUUGAAACUGCCUCGGAAUACUACAAGAAGACACUACUGUUGGCUCGACAACUUAAAGACCGAGCUGUAGAAGCACAGUCUUGUUACAGUCUUGGAAAUACAUAUACUUUACUUCAAGACUAUGAAAAGGCCAUUGAUUAUCAUCUGAAGCACUUAGCAAUUGCUCAAGAGCUGAAUGACAGAAUUGGUGAAGGAAGAGCAUGUUGGAGCUUAGGAAAUGCAUACACAGCACUAGGAAAUCAUGAUCAAGCAAUGCAUUUUGCUGAAAAGCACUUGGAAAUUUCAAGAGAGGUUGGGGAUAAAAGUGGUGAACUAACAGCACGACUGAAUCUCUCAGACCUUCAAAUGGUUCUUGGUCUGAGCUACAGCACAAAUAACUCCAUAAUGUCUGAAAAUACUGAAAUUGACAGCAGUUUGAAUGGUGUAUGCCCCAAGUUGGGACGCCGGCACAGUAUGGAAAAUAUGGAACUUAUGAAGUUAACACCAGAAAAGGUACAGAACUGGAACAGUGAAAUUCUUGCUAAGCAAAAACCUCUUAUUGCCAAACCUUCUGCAAAGCUACUCUUUGUCAACAGACUGAAGGGGAAAAAAUACAAAACGAAUUCCUCCACUAAAGUUCUCCAAGAUGCCAGUAAUUCUGUUGACCACCGAAUUCCAAAUUCUCAGAGGAAAAUCAGUGCAGAUACUAUUGGAGACGAAGGGUUCUUUGACUUAUUAAGCCGAUUUCAAAGCAAUAGGAUGGAUGAUCAGAGAUGUUGCUUACAAGAGAAGAACUGCCAUACAGCUUCAACAACAACUUCUUCCACUCCCCCCAAAAUGAUGCUAAAAACAUCUGUUCCUGUGGUAUCCCCCAACACGGAUGAGUUUUUAGAUCUUCUUGCCAGCUCACAGAGUCGCCGUCUGGAUGACCAGAGGGCUAGUUUCAGUAAUUUGCCAGGGCUUCGUCUAACACAAAACAGCCAGUCGGUACUUAGCCACCUGAUGACUAAUGACAACAAAGAGGCUGAUGAAGAUUUCUUUGACAUCCUUGUAAAAUGUCAAGGAUCCAGAUUAGAUGAUCAAAGAUGUGCUCCACCACCUGCUACCACAAAGGGUCCGACAGUACCAGAUGAAGACUUUUUCAGCCUUAUUUUACGGUCCCAGGCAAAGAGAAUGGAUGAACAGAGAGUUCUUUUACAAAGAGAUCAAAACAGAGACACUGACUUUGGGCUAAAAGACUUUUUGCAAAGUAAUGCUUUGUUGGAGUUUAAAAAUUCAGGGAAAAAAUCAGCAGACCAUUAGUUACUAUGGAUAUUUUUUUUUUCCUUUCAAACACGAUACUGAAGGCAGUUUACAAGGGCAUGAUAACAAAGUAACUGUAGCAAAAGACAAGUACGGGACAGACCGGGGCCUGGAGUAACACUGGAUCACAGACUGCAAAAGCCCACGCUUGGAACAAGUUGCCAACUUGUUCCACUCUGCUUGCUUCUGAUUGUGCACAGCUGGGAUGGGAUCUGGGGAUGUGGACCCCUAUUCUUUCAAAAAGUCAUUCAGGUGAUUUGGAUGGGCAAAUAGAACUAUUUCUCUAAAUGGCCAAUGUUUUUUAGAGUCAUAAUCUGGAAUUAAGUGCUCAGCUAAAAAAAAAAAAGUAAAUUAAAACCUGGAUUACAUUAUGUUUCAUGUAUACUAUAAGGUAUGAUGUCCUGGCUAGCAUUUUAAAAACUCAGGUAAGUUUCAUUGGGUUCUUAUAAGAAAAUUCAGUUAAGACAGUAUACCAAACCACAAUGUAAAAAGUUUAUUUUGUGUAUACAAUAGUUCUUACAGCCUGUAAACAUUCAACAUUAUUCCAUUUAAACAUUGUUUUUAACAGCUAUCUACCCUGUUCUGAUUUUCUUAAAAGCUUCACGCUAUAUAGGCUGGGCACAAUGGCUCACACCUGUAAUCCCAGCACUUUGGGAGGCCACUUGAGGUCAGGAGUGCGAGACCAGCCUGACCAACAUGGUGAAACCCCAUCUCUACUAAAGAUACAAAAAUUAGCCAGGCAUGGUGACGCACAUCUGUAAUCCUAGCUACUCGGGAGGCUGAGGCA